GAAACAUUUACGUUGAUCAACAAUCAUCUACACAUUUAAAUAUCUUCUUCAGUCUAAAGGUAAGAUUAUUAUAUAAAAUUUAAUGCUGAUCUUAAGUAAAGCUUCUUCUUUAUUUCAAUCGAUUUUAAUAAUUCUUUAUUCAAAUCAUUCUCUUCAAUUAGAGUUAUAAUUGAAACUUUUAAAAUGAAAUAAAAGAAGAAGAAAACUUUCAAAAAUGAAAUAAAGUAGAUAGUAUUAAUUUUAAAUUAUUCUAUUACUAUAAAUAUAUAUUUUACACGAUAUUGUGAUGCGAUAUGAUCUAUUACUAUUUAACGGAUCGGAAAAUCGUAAGACUCUGAUUUAACAAUAGAACAUCGCGAAACCAUAUUUUCUUUAUGUUCGAUUAAAAGUAUAAAAAGGAUUAAAGUUGAGUAAGAUUGAAACUUAAUUGUGUAUUAAAUUGAUUUUACUGAAAGUUAAACGUAUACAAGAUCGUGAGACUGAGCAUUGUCUGUACGAAAAACGAGUUAAGACUCGACGAUUUCAGAUUAUUAUUAAAAUUUUUUAUCAUUAGAAUCAAUAAUUUCAUUAAAUAUUAGAUUAAUCAGAUUAAUAUUUUUAAUUUAUAUCAUUCUUGAAAGAUUAAUUUCAAAACGAUUUUAUUUUGUUAUUUUCAAAUUUUAUCAAUCUUCAUUAGAACAAUUAAAUAAUUAUCCACCAUUUGAACAACACAUACUAAAUGAAAUUCUUUUGUUAAUUUUGAAUUUUCAUACAAAAUUUUAUCAUAUUAAUUUAUAAUAUUUAAUAUAGCAAAAUAGUGCUUUAAAUUUAACUCAUUAUUAUUGAAAAUGUUACGAACUGACAAUGAGUUUUGUUGUUGGUAAAAAUGAAUCAUACUAAUUAGCUGAUUAUAUUCUUUGGUGGUAGUGAACUUUGGAGUGGUUCGAUGUGAAAAUUGGAAAAGCCAGAAACAGCAUUAAAAACUAACGGUCACUUCUAGGUAUGAGGGAUACCUUUACCUAAUGUACGAGUUGAAGGUCAACUGUAUGACCUUCACAACAAUAAAUUUUAUGAAUUAUGAAUUUAUAAAAUAUUAGAAAUAAAUUUAAAACCAGUAAAUCUUAAUUCAGGAAUGCUGCAGUAAAUAUUAUAAUGACGUUGAAAAUGUUGUUUUUCAUGUCCUUACAAAAUUAUUGCUGCUAAGAAACAGUUUCGAGUUUUUUCGGUAUUACAAAAAAAUAGGACAUAGAAUUUGGAAAAUGCUGGACCGUUAUAUGGCACAAGAAUGGCCAAAGCAUUCUUAA